GGAGACAUCGACAUCGGUGGAAUUUUUGGUCUGCACUCUCGUACAGAAGAUUCGGAGCUUCCAUUUGAAAUCAAACCGAGAACUGUGAAAUGUGAAAGUUUGGAAUUCCAAGUGUUCCGCUACAUUCAGGCUAUGAUAUUUGCGAUUCAGGAGAUAAACAGGAGUCCCGUCCUCCUUCCAAAUAUUACACUGGGCUACAGGAUUUAUGAUUCGUGCAGUCUGCCUCGCUUCUCAGUGAAAGCGGCUUUCGACCUGAUCAACGGACUGGACCCAAUAUUCCCGCAGCAUUCAUGUACUCCGCGCUCACUGGUCCCCGCCAUCGUGGCGGAAUCGGAAUCUUCGCUCUCUCUGGCUUUGGCGGCGUCAGUCGGUCCAUUGAAAGUUCCUAUGGUUAGUUAUUUCUCCACCUGUGCUUGUCUCAGCAACCGGCGAGAAUUCCCCUCAUUUUUUCGGACGAUCCCAAGCGAUUACUUCCAGACCCACGCGUUGGCCCAACUUGUCAAGCGGUUUGGAUGGACUUGGAUUGGAACAGUGAGAAGCGACAACGAUUAUGGAAACUUUGGGAUGCAGGCCUUCACUGAGACGGUUCAGCAGCUUGGGGUUUGCAUUGCCUUCUCCGAGUCUUUCCACAGGACGUAUUCGAGAGAAAGGUUACUUCAUGUUACCGGAAUUAUUCGGAAAGCGUCCACGAAAGUCGUGGUGGCUUUUCUCGCUCAAGGCGACAUGGCCAUUUUAUUGAGGGAAAUAGUUCGACAAAACAUUUCUGGUAUCCAGUGGGUGGGUAGUGAGGCGUGGAUCGCAACUUCGCUUUUAUCUCCAGAGGAGAACAAAAGAUUCGUAACUGGCGCCAUCGGGGUUGCGAUACGUAACGUGAAUAUUCCGGGAUUCAAAAACUUCUUAACGCGGUUUCAUCCGUCUGCUUAUCCCGGUAAUAUUUUAGUCGAAGAAUUUUGGGAAAAGACCUUCGGUUGUAGCCUGAAAAGAACAGGUAACAGCACAGGAAGCACAACGACAACCGCAAAACCUCGUCAAUGUACCGAAUUGGAGAGCCUAAAGACUGUGUCUAACACCUACACGGACACAUCUCAGAUGAGGGUGACCAACAAAGUUUAUGAGGCCACUUAUGCUAUAGCCCAUGCACUUCACAAUAUGCUUUCGUGUAAAAGUGGCGAAGGUCCAUUUGUCAAUCAGUCUUGCGCGAACAUUUCAAAUUUUCAGCCAUGGCAGGUUUUGCAUUAUAUGCAAUCGCUAAAUUUCACAAGCAAGGUCGGGGAAAGGGUAAAUUUCGACGAUAACGGAGACUCAGUGCCUACGUACGACAUUGUGAACUGGCAGGUGAAUAGCGAGGGGAAUGCCGCUGUUUUGAUAGUUGGACAUUAUGACGGAUCCGCGCCUUCAGCUGAACAAGUUAUAAUAAAUGAAGGAUCGAUUGUGUGGACUGGUGGUCGCAGAGAGGUGCCCCGGGCAGUUUGUUCCAACAGCUGUCCCCCUGGAACAAGAAAAGCAGCUCGCAAGGGACAGCCUAUUUGUUGCUUUGAUUGCAUUCCUUGUGCCCAAGGGGUGAUCAGCAACGCCACAGAUUCAAUUGAGUGCAUGAGGUGUCCCAGUGAUUCCUGGUCCAACGACCGACAAGACCAAUGCAUACACAAGCAGCUUGACUUUCUCACAUUUACCGAGGUGAUGGGGAUUGUUCUGACCACGCUGGCGCUGAUCGGAACUUGCUUCACUGCCACCAUUGGUGGCAUUUUCUUGUUUCACAAAGAUACUCCGAUCGUGAAGGCAAACAAUGCUGAGCUCAGCUUCCUUCUUCUCGUCGCAUUGAGUCUUUGCUUCCUCUGUUCAAUCACAUUCAUUGGCGAGCCAUCGGCGUGGUCCUGUAUGCUACGCCACACAAUGUUUGGCGUUACUUUUGUUCUCUGCGUCUCCUGUGUUUUGGGCAAAACGAUUGUUGUGGUGCUGGCAUUUCAGGCAAAACUACCCAGCAGUAAUGUGGCCAAAUGGUUUGGUCCCCUACAACAGCGCCUGACUGUGUUUCUUCUUACACUGCUGCAGUGCUUGAUAUGUACCGUCUGGCUCAUCAAAUCCCCACCCCUCCCCGUCAAAAACAUGGCCUACUCGAACGAGGUGGUCCUUCUGGAGUGUGAUGUGGGAUCAGAUGCAGCAUUCUACUGCGUCCUGGGUUACAUUGGCUGCCUGUCAAUGCUUUGCUUUGCCGUUGCCUUUUUGGCACGAAACUUACCGGACAAUUUCAAUGAGGCGAAAUACAUCACAUUUAGUAUGUUGGUAUUCUGUUCUGUUUGGAUAUCUUUCAUUCCAGCUUACAUCAGUUCCCCCGGGAAAUUCACUGUGGCAGUGGAAGUAUUUGCCAUUUUGGCUUCCAGUUUUGGCUUACUUUUCUGUAUCUUUGCUCCUAAAUGUUACAUCAUAUUGUUAAAGCCGGAGAGAAAUACAAAGAAACAUUUGAUGGGGAAAUUGUCUUGCUAA